AUGGCCGAGAUUAAUAAUGAGUCCAAGAAUCAGGAUGUGAAUGAGACAACUGACUCGCUGAAGAAGAAGAGAACAUUUAGGAGGUAUACGUACAGGGGAGUACCUGUUGAGGAGCUCGAGAAUAUGGCAUUUAGUGAGGUUGCUAAACUUUUUCCAUCGAAGCUGAGAAGAAAGAUAAGGCGAGGGCUUUCUGAGCGAGAGGUGCAGUUGAUCAAGGAGUGUGCAGCAACAAAGGCAGCAUGUGUGAACAGUCUUGACAAGCCUGAGAUGGUGCGUACAUAUGUGAGGUCUGCGAUCAUUUGGCCGUCGAUGAUUGGCGCGCUUGUUGGAGUUCAUGUUGGAAAUGGAUUUAUGCCGUUGGAGAUCAAACCUGAGAUGGUGGGAUAUGUGCUAUCUGACUUUGCACCAACAAGGGCUACGCCGAAGCAUGGAAGGCCGGGGAUUGGAGCAAGCUCAUCCUCGAAGUUUGUUCCGUUGAAAUAA